AUGCACCUCUCUGCUGCUGCUGUCCUGUCCCUUGGCUCCUCUCUCCUCAUCAUGCAACCCGUCCUGGCCUCCGCUCUUCUUCCCCGCCAAGACACGCCCCCGGCGUACUACCUCCAAACCCGCACUCUGGACUCUUCGAGCGACAAGAACGGCCUCUUCGCCAUUGCAUCCCAGACAAGCUUCGGUGUCAACGACGUGAUCCUGAACUCGAACAUCACCAACGCCAACCAAGGCUAUUUCAAUGACACGCAUCAGUAUUUCAACUUGGACCCUGCGCAUACAUGGGGUCUGGAUCUAGGCCUGGAUACUGAUCAUGACGCUUGGGAACCCGUGACCAUCAGGUUCGGCCAGGGUACCGCGGGGUUCAGGAUUGGAGACAACACUCUUCAAUGGGGCGACAGGGAUGCAGGAUAUGGGGGAUGGAUGGCUUGUGACUGGAUCCACGGGGUGCCACAGCUGUUUUGGAGGUAUGCAUACUUCGCGUACCCGAUCCCUGGCAGCUGUGCGGAUGUGACGAUGGAGCUGACAAAUUCUUCCAAAUUCCAUCAGCGAGCUAAACAUGAACUUCUCAUUUCACCUCCAACUACCGAAGUAGCAGCAACAGGUCGUGAAAAACAAUCUGCGAGAGCCAUGUGGUCGACCAUUGAAGAGACACCGCUCUAUCUGGAGAAAAUACAGCUCCUUGUCGAACCGGAGAAGGUGCUACGAUCCGCCGGUUAUGUGGUACAGCCUCUUGAGCCUGGGGUGAUUGAGUCGAAGAAACGAUGCGUAUAUUGCGGUGCACGUGUUGCAAAACCAAAGAAAGUGAAGGCCAAGCCGACACAAAAUGUUGGCAAGCCAGAUAUCAUCAGAAAGGAAAAUAAGGCAUCCCCUUGUCCGCCAAACCCAGCCGACAGAAAUAUCGACAAAGGCUUGGCGGACGGAGCAUUAGAGGCUCUCGCACAAGCCGUGGCCGAUGUUCAGGUAGAAGAAGCCAAGAAUCCCCCCAAACUAGCAUGUCGUUUUCAUCCUGGCAGAGUGUAUGGAAAGCAUUUUUCAUGUUGCCAGCAGCAUGUUGCCGCCGAGGGUUGUGCCGCUCACCAAUACCAUACAGCGCAAAGCUAUUCAAAAGGCGAACUCGAACGCGAGUGGAUGUUUCAUCCGACCCCAGAACCAGAGCGUCUCGAUGAAAAGCAGUAUCUGACACCGCGUCCGAGACGUCAGAAACAAAGACUCGGAGACUUCCUCCGUACGGCAGCCAAGCGAAAGGCGGUGGCGUUGGACUGUGAAAUGGGUACAGCGAAAUCAGGAGAAACGGAGCUGAUCCGACUGACAGUGGUCGACUUCUUCACCGGUGAGAAGCUGAUUGAUUCGUUGGUCAGACCAGAUGUGCCCAUGGCGCACUACAACACCAGAUACUCCGGAGUGACGGCGGCAGCCAUGCGCAAUGCAGAGAACUCGGCAUCUUGCAUCUGGGGUCGAGAUGCCGCGAGAGAGCAGGUAUGGAGAUUCGUCGGACCGGAGACCGUUGUCGUCAUGCAUGGUGGUAGCAGCGACUUGUCUGCAUUGCGGUGGAUCCAUUCCGUUGUCGUUGACAGCCAUCUUCUGGAGAGAUUCAAUGAGCCAGUGGAAGGGGGAAAGUCACUGAAGAAUCUGUCAUUGUGCCGGCUUGGACGGAGGAUCCAGAAUGGAAGGGGACAUUGCAGCUUUGAGGAUGCGCUGGCUUGUCGCGACUUGGUUCAUUGGCUCGUCUGCCAGAUCCCUGACUAG